AGAAAGGGAGGCACUCACUCAAACAAUGUGCUUUUCUCCCCCUGUAGCAGACGAUCUAUCUAUAAGGUGUUGGAAGGUAAAGGCAGUGACUGUUUAAAAGAGAAGAAUCCCUACUUGGCCUUCUGUGGUAAUGGUCGUUUGGACAGUGGAGAGGAGUGUGACUCAGGAACAAGGCCAGACGACUGCUGUACAGACAAGUGUGUCCUAACGGCAGGUUCAGACUGCAGCCCAUUCAACAAGGCGUGCUGUUCUCAGUGUAAGCUGGCCCAGGCCGGCACGAUUUGUCUACAGAUGGUGGAUGACAACUUUGACUGCAAGGGCAAUGCUCAGUGCAAUGGGUUCCAAUAUGACUGUCCUCCACCAAGCAAGAAGCCUGAUAAUACGUCUUGCCAGGACGUCGGCAAAUGUAUUGAUGGAAAUUGUGUAGGAUUCUGUCAACAAAUGGGCAUGAUUCCUUGUGUGUGUUCACCAGAGAGUGGACUUGCAUGCUACAGAUGUUGUAAACCUACCAGCGAUUCUAAGUGUGUCAGCUUCUCAGAGCUGCUUGACAAUGGUCGCACAUGUUACCAAGGAUAUUGCCAGACGGGUGUAUGCAUCAAAAGUCCAUCAAAAAUUAAUAAGUUCUGGAAUGCGUUGGGGAGCCAGGUCAUUGACUCGUUCGAUGUUUUUAUGAGGGACAACAUCGUAUUCUUCAUCACUUUGUUUUCAUUGAUCCUGUGGCUGCCUGCAGUGUUAAUAUUUGAGUAUUUUGAAAAAAAACAGUCAAGACAAGAUGACAUGUUGAUCAAUCGACAAGUCAAUAGACGUAUGAGAGGAAAAGUGGACAUCCUUCCUGAAGGAGAAAAAGAGUCCUCGAUCCUACAUGUUGGCAGUCUCUCUGUAUCAGGUGCACGGAGCUCCCGCCCUCGUCACACACUUCACAGAACAUUCACAGAACCACAACAAGAGUAUGCGGGAAAUUCCUCACAGAUUGUCAAGUCAGGCAGCCAGCCUUUAUACACAGACUAUCAGAAAGUAAGUACACUGCCACAAGGUUGGAAACCAGGAGGAUAUGACCGCAAGGCACAAAGGAUACCACUAACGGUAGACAAUCUGUCUGAUCAGCGAGGGUACAGGAAAGACGCCUCCAGUCAGAACCAGACCAGGGAUCCAAAGCUACAACAUCUAUCAGUAGACAAUCUGUCUGAUCAGCGAGGGUACAGGACAAAUGCCUCCAGUCAGAACCAGACCAGGGAUCCAAAGCUACAACAUCUAUCAGUAGACAAUCUGUCUGAUCAGCGAGGGUACAGGAAAGACGUCUCCAGUCAGAACUACGAGGGGGACCCAGUGUCUCAACCACGGAAGUACCCCUCACAUCUUGAAUUGGGACGAGGGGCUACUACGUUGCCGUAUAGCAUUAGGCGUCCUAUAGAAAGGUAUCCGGGCUAUGACACAGGAAGUUACAAUAACAAGGCCAGUACCUUACCUCUUCCUUCAAGGGGUUUCAGUUAUAGCACUGAACAGAAGCCAAGUAACAUAGAUACAUAUACCGUUGAUAACGAACCAAUGCCACAUGCUGGUUACCCCUUGUCAAACAAACUCCCAUUAACUAUUAAACCAACUUCUCGAGGUAUGUACCAUACAAAUAACGGCCAUCUUCAGGAGCCAUUGCCUAUUGAAGAUGAUGGGCAAUACUUUAAGCCAAUAAGCCAUAGAUCCUCUGAUACAGACUACGAAAGCACUCCCAGAAGUGCUCAACGUUCCUAUUAUUACCAUGAAAAUCCAUAUGAGGAACCUGAAAAUGUCAGUCGUAAGUACGCACCUGGUGGCCAAGGACAGACAAUCGGUUACGGGAAAAUGCCCACUCACUAUGGACCAUCUUUCAGCUCAGAAAAUCUAUCGCAAAACUCACCCCGGCAACCGAUCAGUAAUGAGCACCUGCCAGCUAGCCACGGCGGCCAUCACAACAAUGACAGAUUCAUGAACCUAGGUUAUGAAGGUGAUUCUAUGACUGUAACAGAAACUAUGAUUUAGUGCAAAGAAAGAAAUGUUCUCUUCCAGAAUUCGCACAGAAUCAUACAUGCACUCUAGAAUAUGAUUGAUAUGUGACAGUACUAGUGGCGUUCUAAAUAUACUUUAUCCUAUUGAAGAGUAAAUGUCUCAAGACAUCUCAUUGUUACUGAUCCAUGCCCAUCUUACAUAGCAGGAGGCCUAGGCACGGUAGUCUGGUGGUAGGACGUCAGGCUCGUGACCGAAGGGUUGCAGGUUCAAGUCACGUCACAGCACUGCAUUGUAUCUUUGAACAAUAUAC